AUGUUCAACUCCAGCUAUCGCCCCUCGGCCUCCCAGCGCCCCGAAAACCCCGCUCGCGAGCCGCCUUCCUGGCGCCGGCCAGCAGGUGGCGCCCGACCUCCACCGGCCGGACCCGGACGAGUGGCCGGAGCUCCGCCGCCGAAAGCCUCCUCCGAAAGGUGCCGCUUUUCCUGGACGGUGCUGCUACUCUGGGUCGUCGUCCAAACGUUGCAAACGGUCCCCGGCUUCCAGGGACCGCGCAGGUGCUCGAGAGCCCCACCCCGCCCGCACGGCUUCCUCUGGAAAGCCGGCGAGCCCUUGCACAGGACCUGCCGUCCGGGUCUGAUCCUCUCGCCGGUCCGAGCGGACCACGAGAGGCUGGGGGCGACCGGGAGCCGGCGUCCGCGCCCCCACCCUGUCGUCCCCGUUGGACAGGAUGGGGUGGGAGCGGGAGCGGGGGGGGGGGCAGCGACCCGUCCUCGUGCUUCCCGCCCCCGCCCUGAGCGGAGCGGCUCGUCGCGCGGGGCGCUGGGCGGGCCGGCGACAGGUGGCCGGACAUCAGGUGGCAGGUCCGAAGGGCGGCCUGCGCCGGCACGCCCCGCCUCGCCCAGGUGUGGCGGGCAGAGCCGGCGUCCCCGUCGGUACGAUUAUCAACAACAACGACGGCCCCGGUCAAAGCACGUGCUCACCUGCGGCGCGGACGCCGGGCGGGGCGCGGGUGGCGUCGGAGGCUGCCCCGCCCGGGUCCCCGGCGCCGCCCCCCCCCCCCCCCCCCCCGGGAGGAAGCGGGGUCGGGCGCGACCGCCGCAGAGGACGCGGGAGCCGGGCGAGGUUGGGCCGAGAGCCCGAGGCCGCCCCUCCGCACCUGGCCCCGCGCUCUCCGUGACGGAUUCCAGGUCAGGGCCGGAAACGCCACCGCCGCCGCCAGCGCAGACGAGGUGGCGCCACCCAAACACCUGCUGGGCUGGGCCUGAGAAAGUGGCCCCAGGGGUGAGGCAGUACCCUCGCUCUAGGGUGUCCCUUGACGGAGCCUUCCACACCCUGGAGGUUUUCAGCAGCCCUAAAACCACAGCGACACCGACAGGCUCUGCACAGCAGAGGGAAAGUCACCGUUCACUGCGACCCGCGGAAUGUCAUCGGAUAGAAAGCAUUGCUGAAGAAAGUGAAAACGCAAAUAAGUUUGCCAUUGACGAGAGACGUGCCUAGAGUUCGGUCUCCAGUUGAGGCUAAGCUAUGUCAAAACAAAACAAAACAAAGCAAAGCAAAACAAAAAGCACCCACGCGCGCCCUCCACGACAGGUUUAGUGUGGGAUCGUGCAACUCGGAGCAACACGGGAGGCAUUAUUGUCAACUCAGUAAAAUGAGUACUUCUUGGAAACCGUGCUGAUCGCUAUGGAGCUCUGAGAGGCAGGACACUUUCGGGGUUCCUUUUCUAGAACAGGCAGGGCUAUUAUAAUGAUCCUAUUAAUCGGAAAUCAUUAGGAACAUUUGCAUAGCGAAGCUGUAUUUACAUACACUGCCCUUGAGAGGCUGCCGGUCUGUGCCUUGCAGUGUGGGUGGCAAAGUAAUGUGAUUAAUUAUGCACAAAUCCUGAUUUCUCGUGCCACAUUCCAGCACUGAUAGUAUUUUUUAAGUUUUGCGAAAGGGAGGUGGCUCUCCCGUUGACCGAAG